GUGUCUUAGUCUGACUGAAAAAAGAACACCAUCUGAAAAUGUGGUUCAAAGCUUAUGCGAUGAUUCUUGUGAUGGCCCAAAUGAUUAGUAUCAUCCCAUCAAGCAGGAUUACAUCCCUUUACAAGUCAAACGAUCUCGCGGAAGAAGGCGAAGACUUGAGCCAGACAGUCGAGAACAUGAAAMAGAUGAUGGCAGCGAUGGGUAGGCAAGUUCUAUUGCAACAACUCUUUGUCGAAGAGCGAAUUCGAUCCGAAGGYCAUUCAGGAGUCAAACAAAAACGUGUGAAUGCUCACGGAACCCGUAACUACCAUACUGCCACACAUUCGGGCGGAUCCGUCAACGCCAUCCACGACCAUUCAAAUAACAUCCGUACUGUAGGAAUGGGGGAGAUCGUUGCGGUUCUCAAUGGUGUUGAAUUCCGAACCAGACACAAUGAUUAUCGUCUCUACAUGCCACACAGCACCUCAAAAGAAUGGCAUGCUACAGAAGACGUACCUUUUCCAGACGUCCCACCUGAAGUAUUGAGCAAAGAAGACAUCACUGCUCAGAUAGACGAAAUGAGAGCUUGGUUUAAGGCCUGGAAAGAUCAAGAUCCCAGUGUAAGAGAUUAUAGAAAGUACUUUAAACCCCUUCUCUGCUAUCUUGAAGGGACGUGGACAAACUCAACAGAAGGCAAAGUAGAGGAGCCUUUCGAGAGUGACAGACAUUUUGUUGACGCUAGCAGCUGGUUUGACUUGCAAGAGAAAGUCCGCUUCACCUCRUACGCUGGUCGCAAGGACAACUUAGAGAACUACUCAUUCCUUCCAACGAAGAUUAUGAAAGUUACUGAGGAUGGGCAUCCCGAGUUUGCCCAGUGGAACUACCGAAUUAUGUGUCAUCCACUUAGCCGAGAUCUUCCUCUGAAUCGUCUCCGUGUURUCGAUGAGCUUGGUCAGCUAUUGACAUUCAGAAGAACGUUGGAAGAGCACAGCAAGACGCGUGCCGCACGUUUCCAGAUCAAUCCCAUUGAUACAGACAAGUGGUCGGAUCGCAGGAACACCGCUAAGUGGUCUCUUCUGGAUACUCUCAUGAGCGAGAUUCCMGGGAAGGAUAAUUAUGCAGGUGAUCUGAGAGACGACGCGUUUGAAUUAACAGCAUACUCAUUGGAUCCUGAUCAUGCAAAUGCCCCGCUGAGAGCUGAUCGUUACCAUCGCUGGUACAGAGUUGACAGUAAGGGAGCGAUGGGUUCCUCCACGCGUAAACGUGGUUUCUCCGACGAGCAACUCUUUAUGGCAAUGAACACGCAACCCAAUGUUGUAGGAUUGGAUUUGACGAACUGCAAAGGUCGAAAUAAAAGAAAGGUUUGCAACACCAUCAAUCAGAAGUGGUCGUACGCCAUUCCUCUCGAGAUCAUCUAUUUGACACCAUUGAACAGGUGGAAUCCCUACGAUUUAGAAUACAAAGGCGACGCAAAGUCAGACCUGGCCAAAACGGUCGAGGAUCUGGAAGGAAAGCGGCGUAAUGGUGGACUUACCGUAGACAAGGCAUAUAAUGGCACACACAGCAAAAGGUACUACCUAACACCUGUGGAGUUCUUUUCAGGAGAUGAGGUUGGGGCAGACGCAGCAGACACCACAAAGAACACUGCUGGAAUACUUGACAAAAAAGGUAUUGUGCGCAAAUGUAAAGCCACUGGAACGCGUGUCUUCUUUCCCGAAAUUGCCGGUGUUGGUAGUCUUCGUCAGCGGUAUCCCAUCGUACCUAUCCAUGGUGAGGGGAGUUCUGUGUGGAAGGAGCUGGAAGCCACCAAAGAUCUGAUAUUAGACUCAAGGACAAAUGGUUACAUAUUCCGAGAGCCAUUGCAUAGUGGUCCACCUCCGCCGGAGCCUCCAAAAGACAUCGAGUUCGAAAUGCAAAACGCAGAGGCAGACCCCCCUGGACCUCAUAAACAUUUYUUCACUUUAUCUCCAGAACAGAUUGAGCUUGUGAAAAGUGGAGGAGAUUUGUCURUUAUCACAGACGAGCGAGCUGGUCACAGUCACACUUUAAGGCUCAAAUGGAGAGAAAAGAGGGAUCAGUAUGUCAUCGGAGAGUGCGAUGGAACGACGGUCACAUGGGAACAAAACGUCGCAUGCCGAGAUCAGCAUCCAAAGCUAUUAGCCAAAGUAGAAUGAUUAGCCUGACAAGUGAGAUUGCCAAUGCAACGAUGCUAGAAUCAUGCAUACACAUAGUACAGGGUUUUGAAUAAUUUCAUGGCUCGUGUAAAGGYUCCAUAUUAUUGUUAGCGUCCUUUCGCAGCCGUUAGGAGACUCGUUUCCAGGUCUCUUCCCCCUAACGUUAACGACUGCGAGAGGAGACUAUAUGAUUGUCCAAAUCUUCCYCCUGAGCGUGUGUCCCCCUUCUAAUUUCCCCCAAGUGAUUUGACAAAAAUCAGGAGAAACGCGUUUUUGGGACGAUUUGAUGAUACGGACACUAGGCAUAACAUUACUACAUAUUGGUGUAUGAAUACUAGAAGAUUAUUGUUUCCUCAAUCUAUKUCUUUGUUUCUGGUGCCACAGCACUAACUAACCUCGUAGUAAUAAAGGAAAAUAUAUUCAGUAAAACUAUAGUUAAGGGCGCAGGAUUAUAGUAAACUGUAGCAAAACGGCAAUGCUCAAAUAAAGGAUUUAAAUCAUGAA